GUUCGUCGCCACGCGCUGUCAGUCGUCCGCUUGCUGUCGCGCCUGUCGCAAACCACUACACUCGCUUUUCUUUGAACGCUGUUCGACUGUACACAUCAGACUCGUGUCGCUCGUUGAAUUCUCGGAGACUUGAACAGCACGGGGCUCUGUUUGGCUCGUUCGACCCAAUCUCCAUCCGUCGUUGUGGAGACGGUGUUGGCUCCGCUCGCUCUGAUAUAACUGAACGACCCAAACAGUCGCCAACUCCCCGACUCGUCGUCCACCAUACGUCGACACGAUGGGUUUCGGUGAUUUUGACUCGAUUUGCGCCAAAGCAGCGCUGCCGCUGUGCUCCUUGGUGGGCCCGGCGUCCUCCAUAUCAGGCGAUACUGGCAUCAUCCCCAACUGUUAUGCCCGUAAUAUCGAACUGGCCAAUACCAUCAUUUUCGAAGGCGCAGCGUCCUUUCUCCAUAUCAUCGCGCUUGCGAUGACAGUGAUCAUGAUUUUACAUAUCAGGUCUAAAUUCACUGCUGUCGGCCGCAAGGAAAUCAUCACGUUCUUUUACAUCUACAUGCUUUUGACCGUGUGCUCCCUGGUUAUCGAUGCCGGUGUUGUGCCGCCGAGAAGCGGUCCGUUCCCAUAUUUCGUCGCCGUUCAAAACGGAUUGGCCUCGGCCCUAUGCACAUCUCUAUUAGUCAACGGCUUUGUGGGGUUCCAGCUAUACGAGGAUGGAACUUUUUUGUCUGUUUGGCUUAUUCGACUGACAUCUGUGAUCAUGUUCGCGGUGUCCUUCCUGGUAUCCCUUUUGACCUUCAAGUCCUGGGGAGGCCUUAGUCCCACCAAUACCGUCGGUAUGUUUGUGGUACUUUACAUCGUGAACGCAAUCUGCAUUGCCGUGUACCUCGUUAUGCAGCUCCUACUGGUGAUGAACACUCUCGAGGACCGUUGGCCGCUGGGUCAUAUCUGUUUUGGUCUGCUUGUCUUCAUCUGCGGCCAGGUGCUCCUCUACGGAUUUAGCGACACCAUUUGCGAAAAUGUCCAGCAUUACUUGGAUGGUCUUUUCUUUGCCACCUUCUGCAAUCUCUUGGCUGUCAUGAUGGUCUACAAGUUCUGGGAUUACAUCACGAAAGAGGACCUCGAGUUUUCUGUUGGCAUCAAACCUAAUACCUGGGAAGUCAAGGAGCGUCUGCCCGAAGAGGAUCGUCGUGCAGCAGGCUACCAGGAUACCAACUCGGAGUAUGCCGGCAGCAUGUACCACCACCGUGCAUCGACCUAUAAUGCCCACAACUAUUAAUGCGGGUCUUUGACUUUGCCUUAGAAAUGACGCCUUCACGACUUUUUUCCCCGUUUAGUUUCCGGUUUCUGGUUAGCAGCGGAAUUAUUAUCGGCAUUGUCUAUUAAUCGCUUGUUAUGAUCUCUUGGCUUUUUCUUGGUAUAAUUGAUUGUCAUCUUUUUGGCCCUUUUGUGUUUUUCAACGUUACAUUGUAUAUUGGCGCUGAGGUCAUCCUCUAGCUUAGUCCUGUAUUUAGAUUAUAAAGAAUGGUAGUUCAAUGAAAUACAUACGUCAGAC